GGUUGGAACUGAACUGUUUUCCUUGGAUCUUUAAAACCCCAUUUUACAGAGGUUGAUUUUGCAGCAACACUUAUUCGUUUUAGUUUUGUGCGCUUUGCUGUCUGUUUAUCCUGACGCAUCAAUUCAGUGCAUUUUCCAGCAGAGAUCGCAGGCUGGGACGAUGACGGCUCGAGUGUGUUUCUCGUUGACUGCUGUUUUUUUGUGUCUGUUCGGAUACUUGAGCAUAACUCAUGCUAUUCAAAGACGAACCACAGUGGACGGUUUCUGUCCGGCGAGGCUGACGGUCGUGCCGUCCCAUCGAGGGUGUUCCUCUGAUGAAGACUGCCCUGGAGGGCACAAAUGCUGUCGAUUUGACUGUGGGCCUGUUUGCGUGCUGCCCGUUUUCAUGAAGCCGGGUCAGUGUCCCAUACCGGAAAUGAUUCCACUGUGUGCUAAAAGCUGUUUCCAUGAUGGCCAGUGUCCUGACACACAGAAAUGUUGCCCAACCACCGGUGGCUUUGCAUGCAGUGAACCACGUGGUCAGGAAAGAGGUCAGGCAAGUUGUCAAGGAAGCGGCUCUGGUCAGGGCGCCGGACAGGGAAGCGGUUAUGGCCAGGGCGCCGGAGCGGGACAGGGAAGCGGUUAUGGCCAGGGCGCCGGAGCGGGACAGGGUAGCGGCAUUGGUUUGGGCCAGGGAAGCGGUUAUGGCCAGGGAAGUGGCCAGGGAAGCGGUUAUGGCCAGGGUGCAGGAGCGGGACAGGGAAGCGGCAUUGGUUCGGGACAGGGAAGCGGUUAUGGCCAGGGAAGUGGCCAGGGAAGCGGUUAUGGCCAGGGUGCAGGAGCGGGACAGGGAAGCGGUUAUGGCCAGGGCGCCGGAGCGGGACAGGGUAGCGGCAUUGGUUUGGGACAGGGAAGCGGUUAUGGCCAGGGAAGUGGCCAGGGAAGGGGUUAUGGCCAGGGCGCCGGAGCGGGACAGGGAAGCGGCAUUGGUUCGGGACAGGGAAGCGGUUAUGGCCAGGGCGCCGGAGCGGGACAGGGAAGCGGUUAUGGCCAGGGCGCCGGAGCGGGACAGGGAAGCGGUUAUGGCCAGGGCGCCGGAGCGGGACAGGGAAGCGGUUAUGGCCAGGGCGCCGGAGCGGGACAGGGAAGCGGUUAUGGCCAGGGAAGUGGCCAGGGAAGCGGUUAUGGCCAGGGAAGUGGCCAGGGAAGCGGUUAUGGCCAGGGUGCAGGAGCGGGACAGGGAAGCGGUUAUGGCCAGGGCGCCGGAGCGGGACAGGGAAGCGGAGCUGGUCAGGGAAGUGGCCAGGGAAGCGGUUAUGGCCAGGGCGCCGGAGCGGGACAGGGAAGCGGUUAUGGCCAGGGAAGUGGCCAGGGAAGCGGUUAUGGCCAGGGUGCAGGAGCGGGACAGGGAAGCGGUUAUGGCCAGGGUGCAGGAGCGGGACAGGGAAGCGGUUAUGGUCAGGGCGCCGGAGCGGGACAGGGAAGC